AUGGCGCCGCCCUCGUGGCACGGCCAAGCCGUCCUCCUCCUCUUGUUAGUGCCGUUUGCCACCGCGAUCGGCGUCAACUACGGCACCAAGGGCGACAACCUCCCGUCGCCGGCCACGGUCGCGUCGUUCCUGGCCAACCGCACCCGCGUCGACCGCGUGAAGCUGUUCGACACCAACCCGGACAUGGUCCGCGCCUUCGCCGGCACGGGCAUCGCGCUCAUGGUCACCGCGGGCAACGGCGACAUCCCCAAGCUCGCCACCAAGGACGGGGCCGCCGCGUGGGUGGCCGCGAACGUUGCGCCGUACUACCCCGCCACGGAAAUCUCACUCGUGGCCGUCGGGAACGAGAUCAUGGCCACGGCCGACAAGGGCCUCAUCACCAACCUGGUCCCGGCCAUGCGCACGCUCAAGGCCGCGCUCACCGCGGCGGGGUACCCCAAGAUCCGCGUCUCCACGCCCCACUCCCUCGGCAUCCUGUCCGUCUCCGAGCCGCCGUCGGCGAGCCGGUUCCGUGACGGCUACGAUCGCCUCGUGUUCGCGCCCAUGCUCGAGUUCCACCGGCAGACGAAGUCGCCGUUCAUCGUGAACCCGUACCCGUACUUCGGGUACAACGGCGCGACGCUUCCCUACGCGCUGGCUCGGCCCAACCCCGGCGUGCCGGACCCCGGCACGGGCAUCACGUACACGAGCAUGUUCGAGGCGCAGCUCGACUCGGUGUACUCGGCGAUGAAGAAGCUCGAGUUCGAGGACGUGGAGAUCGCGGUGGGGGAGACCGGGUGGCCGUCCAAGGCAGAGGACGGGCAGAUCGGUGUGAGCCCCGCCGAGGCCGCGGAGUACAACCGGUACCUCAUCGGCGAGGCCAGCGCCGGGUCGGGCACGCCGCUCAUGCCGAAGCGCACGUUCGAGACGUACAUCUUCUCGCUGUUCAACGAGAACCUCAAGCCUGGCCCCGUCGCCGAGCGCAACUUCGGGCUGUUCCAGGCGGACCUCACGCCGGUGUACGACGUCGGCCUCAUGAAAGGCGCGGUACGCACGUUUGCAGAAUCGCCUGAGCGCGCACCAUCGAAGGCUGGCAAUGCGGGCAAGGCCGCGAAGAAACAUGACACGGAGGUGGCCGCACCGCCUAUAGGGACUAAAGCGGCGAACGGCUCGAGCAAGGCAUCCGCGUCCGCGCCUGCACCGUCGUCGGGGGACGACGCUCCACUGAAGGCCACCGGGCCAGCACCGUCAGGGGCGCCGUCAGAGGGUGACUCGACCGAUGACAAGACGCCGGUGGAAGAAGGAGGGGAUGCUCCGGCGGUGGCCAGCGGACCGGCCGGUGAAUCGUCGAAGACAGCAGCCAAGAAGACCGGCUCCGGCGAAGCAGGUACGUCGCCGGCGCAGGCGGGAGCUGCUUCAGAAGCCACCAACCUUCUCAUCCCCAUCUCUUCCGUGCUUACAGUUGCUCUGUCUCUAGCUCUUCAUAUCUAACUUCUCUUUCUUUCUUCAGCCUU